AAAACAUUUCAUUACAUUACAGCUAAAUAAUUUUUUUUAUUCCAAAAUUUAAAGGAAAUCAUCGAGUGUAGAAAACCACCAGCAUACGAGACAACUCAUUGCUAUACUUUUUUGUUCUUUUUCCAAUUUUACCCUUCGCCCUAACCUCAGUUGAGUUGAGUCCUAAGAUCACAUUUAUAAACCCCAAAUAUAUAGAUAGUGUAAACACUUCUCGUCUCUGAUCUCACAGUCUUUCCCUCUCAAUUAAGAGAAUCUUUUAAUUUAAAUGGACGGAUUCGGGUCGGGUCAGGCGUCAUACGGAGGUGAUCGGAGACUGGAGAUUGUUAGCGGAAGAGGCUUUGGGAGUGCAUUUGGAGCCAAGCAGAUUUAUAUGACUCGGUCCCACUCACCACCGAUUCCGCCGCGGGUGACACGGCCGGGUAAUAGUGCGUCUGUAAAACCGUGGGGCUUUAGCGAUCCUGAGAUGAAGAGAAAGAAGAGGAUUGCCAAGUAUAAGGUUUACACGGUUGAAGGUAAAGUUAAGGCUUCUUUAAGAAAGGGGUUUCGUUGGAUCAAGAACAAGUGCUGCCAGAUCGUCCACGGGUACUAGCUUUCUUUCGGUGGAAACUUUUCUAUGUUUCUUUUCUUAAAUUUGAAAUUCGAUUAUUUAUUUUCUUUGUGCGCUUUGGAGUUCUUUCGAUUUGAUUUCAAAUUACAAAAGUGAGGUUGCAGAUAAAUGGUUUUUGGACAGAAUUUCGUAUUGAAAAAUACUGCAUAACAAAUUAAUUCAAGAUUAUUGUAUUUGAAUGUGUUAAUUCAAUUUUUAGUUUUAUUCUUUCAUUUAUAUCAUAAAUUUGUAUAAAUGCAUUAAUCUUUGAUUGAAAUUUCUACUCUCCAAACUCCAAAGCUGCAUUAUUACGAUGUUUCUCUUUUAUCGCCACUCCUGUAGUAAAGUGAUGGCCCAAUAGGCCUACCUUAAAGUGUCUACUACUUUCGGUUUCAAAUGGUGUCCUGGUCUAGUUGUAAUAAAACGCCUCGAGCAACUAAAGUUUUACAAUUUCUACA